CUCCACAUUCCACAUGGGUGCAGAAUCAGAUCACAGAGCAGUUAUUCUCACCUACACCAAAUACAAACACAAAAGACAACCAACUUGGAAAGUCAAUACAACCCUCCUCCUCAAACCCCCUAUCAACCAAGUCAUACAAAACAUCCUAA